GGAAAACCCUUCGCUCGCUCGCUCCAGAAGCGGGACCGAAACCGCUCGUAGUGCCGGUGCCCGGUUAGACGCGGCGCCCCGGCAGGCGCGAGCCCGAGGGGGCGGGAGAUGGCGGCGGGACGCCGCAGGCCGAGGGGGCGGGGGGGGGAGGUGGAGUCGGUAGGUUGCGGAGGGGGCCGGCGAGCGCGGAGCGCUGGCGCCCCGGCUGUCAGUCAGGAGCGGCGGCGCGAGCAGAGGGAGGCGCAGCCGGGGCGCGAGCCUGCCGCCUCGGGCUGCCGGAGGAGCCGCCGCCGCCGGGACCCGCCGCCCUCGGCCCGGGCCUCGCUGCGGCGCGGGGCGCGCUCCGGCGUGCGGCAGGUGCAGGGCGCGGAGGCGGCCGCGCCACCGCCCCCCGCUCGGCGGCGAUGCCGGCGGUGCAGAAAACGGUGUCCGAGAUCCGCUCCCGAGCAGAGGGCUAUGAGAAGACAGAUGAUGUUUCAGAGAAAACUUCUCUAGCUGAUCAAGAGGAACUGAGAACUAUAUUCAUCAACCAGCCCCAGCUAACCAAAUUCUGCAAUAAUCAUGUCAGCACUGCAAAGUACAACAUAAUCACAUUCCUGCCAAGGUUCCUUUAUUCCCAGUUCAGAAGAGCUGCUAAUGCAUUUUUUCUUUUUAUUGCGUUACUUCAGCAAAUACCAGAUGUAUCACCAACAGGCCGUUACACAACUUUGGUCCCUCUCUUAUUUAUUUUAGCUGUAGCUGCAGUGAAGGAGAUAAUAGAGGAUAUUAAAAGGCAUAAAGCUGAUAAUGCGGUGAACAAGAAACAAACUCAAGUACUACGAAAUGGUGCAUGGGAGAUCGUCCACUGGGAAAAGGUGGCAGUAGGGGAAGUAGUGAAAGUGACCAAUGGGGAACAUCUCCCAGCUGAUCUCAUCAGUCUGUCGUCAAGUGAACCGCAAGCUAUGUGCUACAUUGAAACAUCUAACUUAGAUGGUGAGACAAACUUAAAAAUUCGACAGGGUUUGCCACUAACAUCAGAUAUAAAGGACAUAGAAAGCUUGAUGAGACUUUCAGGCAGAGUUGAAUGCGAGAGCCCAAACCGACAUCUCUAUGACUUUGUUGGAAACAUCAGACUGGAUGGGCAUGGUACUGUCCCAUUGGGAUCUGAUCAGAUUCUUCUACGAGGAGCUCAGUUGAGAAACACUCAGUGGGUUCAUGGGAUAGUUGUCUAUACGGGACAUGACACAAAACUUAUGCAGAAUUCAACAAGUCCACCUCUUAAAAUGUCUAAUGUGGAACGAAUUACAAAUAUUCAGAUUUUGAUUCUGUUCUGCAUCCUUAUUGCCAUGUCUCUGAUCUGCUCUAUUGGUACAGCUAUAUGGAAUCGAAGGCAUACUGGAAGAGACUGGUAUCUUGAUCUAAAUUAUGGUGGAGCAAGCAACUUUGGAUUGAAUUUCUUGACUUUUAUCAUUCUCUUCAAUAAUCUUAUUCCAAUCAGUUUGUUGGUUACACUUGAAGUUGUUAAAUUUAUCCAGGCGUAUUUCAUAAAUUGGGACAUAGACAUGCACUAUGAACCUACGGACACUGCUGCAAUGGCUCGUACUUCCAAUCUCAAUGAAGAACUUGGACAGGUCAAAUACAUAUUUUCUGACAAAACGGGUACCCUGACAUGCAAUGUCAUGCAAUUUAAGAAGUGUACUGUAGCAGGAGUUGCUUAUGGCCAUUGCCCUGAGCCUGAGGAUUAUAGUGUUCCUUCAGAUGAUUGGCAGGGCUCACAAAAUGGAGAAGAGAGAACAUUUAGUGACUCAUCAUUACUGGAGAAUCUUCAGAGCAAUCAUCCAACUGCACCUAUAAUAUGUGAGUUUUUGACAAUGAUGGCAGUGUGUCAUACAGCAGUUCCAGAAAGAGAAGGUGAUAAAAUCAUCUAUCAAGCAGCAUCUCCAGAUGAAGGGGCAUUGGUCAGAGCAGCCAGGCAUCUUCGGUUUGUAUUCACUGGAAGGACACCUGACUCAGUAAUCAUAGAGUCUUUGGGACAGGAAGAAAGAUAUGAAUUGCUAAACGUUCUGGAAUUUACAAGCACUAGGAAGAGAAUGUCAGUGAUAGUUCGCACACCAUCGGGAAAGUUAAGACUCUACUGCAAAGGAGCUGAUACUGUAAUUUAUGACCGUCUUGCUGAAAGUUCAAAAUACAAAGAAAUCACCUUAAAACAUCUAGAGCAGUUUGCUACAGAAGGCUUAAGAACUCUGUGUUUUGCUGUGGCUGAGAUUUCAGAAAGUGAUUAUCAAGAGUGGUUAGACGUCUAUCACCGUGCUUCUACAGCUAUACAGAACAGAGCACUCAAACUUGAGGAGAGCUAUGAACUAAUUGAAAAAAAUCUUCAGCUGCUUGGAGCAACAGCAAUUGAAGAUAAACUACAAGACAAAGUGCCUGAAACCAUAGAGACACUCAUGAAAGCAGACAUAAAAAUUUGGAUACUUACUGGGGACAAACAAGAGACUGCUAUUAACAUCGGUCACUCCUGUAAACUUUUGAGAAAGAACAUGGGACUAAUUGUUAUAAAUGAAGGCUCUCUUGAUGGAACAAGAGAGACUCUUAGCCAUCAUUGCAGUACUCUUGGUGAUGCUUUAAGGAAGGAAAAUGAUUUUGCUCUCAUCAUUGAUGGUAAAUCUCUGAAGUAUGCUUUGACAUUUGGAGUGAGACAAUACUUCCUGGAUUUGGCUUUGUCAUGUAAAGCUGUUAUUUGUUGCAGGGUAUCACCACUUCAAAAAUCUGAAGUUGUAGAAAUGGUUAAAAAACAAGUUAAGGUAGUAACUCUAGCCAUUGGCGAUGGAGCAAAUGAUGUCAGUAUGAUACAAACAGCACAUGUUGGUGUUGGUAUUAGUGGGAAUGAAGGUCUACAGGCUGCUAAUUCUUCAGACUACUCAAUUGCUCAGUUUAAAUAUUUGAAGAACUUGUUGUUGGUUCACGGAGCCUGGAAUUACAACAGAGUUGCUAAAUGCAUCUUGUAUUGUUUCUACAAGAAUAUAGUCCUUUAUAUAAUUGAGAUCUGGUUUGCUUUUGUCAAUGGCUUUUCUGGACAAAUUCUUUUUGAAAGAUGGUGCAUAGGUCUCUACAAUGUGAUGUUCACAGCAAUGCCUCCACUAACUCUUGGAAUAUUUGAGAGAUCCUGUCGAAAAGAAAACAUGCUGAAAUAUCCAGAGUUAUACAAGACUUCCCAAAACGCACUGGACUUUAAUACUAAGGUUUUCUGGGUUCAUUGUUUAAAUGGCCUCUUCCACUCAUUCAUUCUGUUUUGGUUUCCACUAAAAGCCCUCCAGCAUGGCACGGUAUUCGGCAAUGGUAAAACUUCAGAUUACCUGCUCCUCGGCAACACUGUAUACACUUUUGUGGUUCUAACUGUGUGUUUGAAGGCUGGAUUAGAGACCUCAUAUUGGACUUUGUUCAGCCAUAUAGCUAUCUGGGGCAGCAUAGCACUUUGGGUAGUGUUUUUUGGAAUCUACUCUUCUUUGUGGCCAGUCAUUCCUAUGGCACCUGAUAUGUCAGGAGAGGCAGCUAUGAUGUUCAGCUCUGGAGUGUUUUGGAUGGGACUUCUAUGUAUUCCUAUGACAGCUUUACUUUUUGAUGUAGUAUACAAAGUAGUGAAGAGAGCUACUUUUAAGACACUGGUAGAUGAAGUUCAGGAGUUGGAAGCAAAGUCUGAGGAUCCUGGGGCAGUUGUGCAUGGCAAGAGCUUAACUGAAAGAGCCCAACUACUGAAGAAUGUUUUUAAGAAGAACCAUGUGAACUUGUAUCGCUCUGACUCUCUGCAGCAAAACUUGCUUCAUGGCUACGCCUUCUCUCAAGAUGAAAAUGGAAUAGUUUCCCAGUCUGAAGUAAUAAGAGCUUACGAUACCACAAAACAAAGGCCUGAGGAAUGGUGAAGGAACACAGCUCGAGAUUUAGGCCUUACUAGUUACUUUUGUGAGACAGACUACUAGAUCUUUGCUGGGAGCUGCAACCAUGGCCCAGUUAUCAGAGAUUUAAAGAUCUAUGACAGUCUUGUUCCAUAAAGUUUGGAUUUGUGUAUUCAGUAGACAUAAGCACUGUGCAAUUAUACUGUAACACACCAUCUCUAAAUUUUUUAACAAGUAUUUGCUUAGCCUUUGUAAACAGAUUGGAAUUUACCUUGUAUCUUGCCAGCUUGCUUAUUUUACAAUGAAGUCGAAUCAAUACCGGUCAUAUACUCGGAAGGCAAUGGUCAGAUCGCUAAACAUACUUUACAUUGACAGACCAUUAGCAUCUGUGAAGGUUUUUAAGUGUUAAUAUAUUUAAAUACAGUUGAUAACAAGCCUUCGAUUUCAACGAGUGCUGAAAAAAUAGUAUCUUAAUGGUGUUAAUUCACCUCGGGAAAGAUUUUGAGUCAAGAUGUUUAUAGAUGUUUGUGUCAAGCUAACUUAAAAACGUUUGCCAAAGAAGUUCCAUAAAUGUUUUCUGUUAGAAAUAAUUUGAAAGGAAAUUAACUCCAGUCCUGAUCUGAGAAUUGCAUGCUUGAGUCUCCAUACUUGAGGAGAAAGAUUUACAGUACAGCGAGUCUAAUUUGAGUGGCCUUUACGGCAUUUGCUUUCAAAACUGCAAGUCUUUGCACCUUUGGCCUUAUACAAGCUUUUCCCUUAUUUUCUUUUAGUAUUGCAAAUGUUGAAAGUGGCUGCCACCUUGUAAAAAUCUAGUACAUGUAUUAUUUUGUUCAAUUUUUAAGAAUUGCUCUGCCUUACUUCCCUUUAGCAAAUUUUAAUUAUCAUCUUUGCGAUGCUUAGUUGUAUCUGCUUAUACUGUAGGUUCAAAAGAAAGUUUGUUUUAACUUAUUUUUAAAAAUUAAUUAAAUUUUCAACAUUUUUAUACUAAAAUUAUUUGAAAUGCAUACAUAGAGAGCAAAGCAUGCCCUUCGCUAGUCUGUGGUAUGUACUGUUUUAUUUGCACUAAAGCCACUUCCUAUAAAGGUGUGAAACACAAUGCAGCAGCCUCUUUACAACUUACUUGUUGUGCAGAAUACCUAUAUACUCUCACCUUUAAUGAAAAAUGGAGAGGAUGCGACUGGAGAAAAAGAUACAUGCCUGCUUUAUGAAAAAAAAAAAGAGGGAGGUGUUAAAUGAGAACAUUGUGAUAACUUUAAGUGGUUAUACUUGGUAUUUCUCAGCUUACCGCCCAACAGCCAUCAUGUUUCAAACUAAGAAGAGCCACUUUAACUUUGGACUUUAGUUAAAUCUUGUAGCUUUUUGGUCCAUGUUUAGUUCUGAGUUUAAAAGCCACCAUAAUUACAUUUAAAAUACAUUUUUCUGUAGUAGCAGGUUUUAAUUACAUUUCUGUGCAUUACAUAGAAAUGAUCUUUUUUUUCUGUGAAUGGAGAUCAACUAGAUGGAAAAGCAGAACAAUGACAUCCCCGCUGAUUUGUUAAAUUAAGAAUUUCCUCUUUGCUCUCCAAAUCAUCCACUUUCAACCUCAAAGUAACAAAACAUCCAAUCCCAUCUUUUUUCUGCCCUCCUUCAUUAGUCAUAUACUUAGAGAAGGUUGACUUUACCUCCUUGCCUUUCAUCCAGCUGAACACUGAACAUACAACUUUAUUGCACUAUCCAAGUUUCUUACGCUCUGUUCCAAGAGCAGCUUACAAAUACACACGGGAAGCCCAACCAAAGGCACUAUAUGACAGUACAUAUUUAGGAAGGCGUCUCAACGGGAAGGCAGUCUGCAUUUCAUAUGCAUGUUAUGCGAUGUCUUCCUCUCACUUUCCCCAACAGAAAACAGAAGACAGAGGGACAAAGGGAACGGAUCCCACUAGAAACAGUACUGCCAGUCAGUCAUGCAGACAAGAACUGCCUUCAGAAAAGCCAUUUCAGGCAUAGAUAAAUAGAUGGAUCAAUAUGGGAGGGCCAAAUCACUUGACCUAAGGCAAGAAAAAAUUUGGGGGCAUGCCCCUUUCCUAAAAUGGGGAUCCCUAUUUUCUGUCAUCCAAGGGACAAUGACCAACUUCAAAACAUUUCUGAAAUUAACCAUGACACUAUUGCUCCUUUAUAAUCUUUCAGUGUACUUAACUCAUAUAAAACAGCUCAAUCUAUACAUACUCGCUUUAUGGGUAAUUUCUUUUAUUACUGGGUGGGGUUUUUUUCUGUUCUAAAUGGUUUAAUUGCUGAUUUUGCAGAAAAGAACAUGAAGACUAGAAUACAUUGUAAAAUAUUUACAACGAGAAACUUACAUGAUCUCUUAUUCUUCCUAUGAAAUAAAAUUCUGUCUCACCGUUGUAAUCCAGAUUGUGGAAAAUAACACGCAGUAUAUCCCCAGUUUAACUAUCUUAAAAAGGAAGAAAGCAACUGAAACAGCUCUAAGAUCCUAAAUUUAGAAUGUAAUUUAAGGUUUUUAAGGUAGUCUUACUACAGCAUUUCAUCCUUAAGUCUUUACAGAAUUUGAAGCAGUAUUUUUACAAAGUGCAUUUUUUGUUUUUAUUACUUCUGAUGGGUUUUGCUCCUGUGUCUACUUUUUCUGCUAAUUAGUGGUUGGAAGAUACCACUUUUUGGAAAUAGUAAAAAAGACAAGGUGGCAAUUCUAACUAUGUUUUUUGAUUGCUUAUACAAUUCCAUUUUAAAAUAUAAGCUCAUCUUAGCAUUUUUAAAACAGGUCAAGUAUACAAUAUGCACUUUAUUUUCAUGAUGAGUACACAGUGAUAUAAUCUACUACCAUCCUGUUAGCACAUCGUAUCUUUGUUAAGGGGAUUGUGCAGAUGUUUAUUUAAAGAAAAAACAGUUUAGGCAAAAAUGCUCGUAACAAUGCCUCUGUUCUUAUUGUCUGAAAAUUCAAAUUUGUAUUAAAUAUAGAAUUCGCAUGGACUUUUCCAUCUGUGUACUGCAUAACAAUUACAAACUAGUAUUAAAAAUGUCCAUCAAAAAGUUGAACCAGUGCCACUUAGAAAUCGGAUAUCUUAUAAAUACUGUUGCUUGAUUAUUUUUAAAUAGAUACAUAUAUAUAUAUAUAUA